AUGGAAAAGAACGCCGACCUGGUCAACUCGUGGGCCGACUCGUUCUAUAGGUUUACAAAAACUACGUCUUCUUCUUGGUCAACCUCAACUUUGACUGAUGAUGUCGGGUCAGGUUACACUGGUGGUGGUGCGCUUGAUGAUCCAGGGUCUGAACCCGAAGACAGCUGUGAGGCGUGGUUGGAGAAGGAGGACUCCGUGGCUUACUCUAGAGAUUUCAAGAAAGACCCCAUUUUUGUACAUGGAGCUGACGAGGAGUUCAAAACCUGUGCUGUGGGCUGUAAGUUUGGAUUUGAUUCGGGUAAGAGGCCUGAUGCUGCAUUUGGGUUGUCUCAACAAGAUGGCACGGCUGGUGUUUUGCGUUCAAUGGAGUCGGCUCAAUAUUAUGCUGAAAAUAACAUUGAUUUGGCACGACGGAGGGGAUAUCACAUUGUCAUGACAACUAGUCUUUCAUCCGACGUUCCUGUGGGCUAUUUCUCUUGGGCCGAGUAUGAUAUAAUGGCUCCAUUGCAACCCAAAACUGAAAGUGCUCUUGCAGCUGCUUUCAUUUCUAAUUGUGGUGCUCGAAACUUUCGCUUGCAAGCUUUGGAAGCCCUUGAAAAGGCAAACAUCAAAAUUGAUUCUUAUGGCAGUUGCCAUCGAAAUCGUGAUGGUAAUGUGGACAAAGUGGCAACUUUGAAGCGAUACAAAUUCAGCCUGGCAUUUGAGAAUUCCAACGAGGAGGAUUAUGUCACUGAAAAAUUCUUCCAGUCUCUUGUUGCUGGCUCUGUUCCUGUGGUUGUUGGUGCCCCUAACAUACAAGAUUUUUCUCCCUUUUCUGGCUCAAUAUUGCAUAUCAGGGAGCUCAAAGAUGUUGAUUCAAUUGUGAGGAAAAUAAAAUACCUUGCCAAGAAUUCCAGCGCAUAUAAUGAGUCAUUACGGUGGAAGUUUGAAGGACCGUCUGAUUCAUUCAAGGCUCUUGUUGAUAUGGCAGCAGUUCACUCAUCAUGCCGUCUGUGUAUUUACUUGGCAACAAGGAUCCUAGAGAAAGAUGAGAAGACUCCUGAGUUUAAAAAGCGACCCUGCAAGUGUACCAGAGGUUUAAAAACUUUAUAUCACAUAUAUGCACGGGAAAGGGGAAGGUUUGAGAUGGAAUCAGUUUUCUUAAGGUCAGGAAACUUGACAAUGGAGGCUUUAAAUUCUGCUGUUCUUUUGAAGUUUAAGUCACUGAAACACACACCUAUUUGGAAAUACGAGAGGCCCGAAAGCAUACGAGGAGGAGAUGAGCUCAAAAUUUACAGAAUCUACCCCAUUGGAUUGACACAGAGGCAAGCUUUGUAUACAUUCAGAUUCAAAGGGGAUUCUGAUUUCAGAAAUCACAUAGAGAGCAACCCAUGUGCCAAGUUUGAAGUUAUUUUCGUAUAGGCUAGCUACAUUCCACUACAAUCGGCCGUGCAUUCACAUCUUUUGCAGUAGA